GUGAGUUGAGGAAGUGUAAAUAACCACGUUUGAACUAAAUGGCAUGCUUUAAUGUUUACGUAUUUCACAAUAACAGUCGUAAAGUUACCAUGCAGAUUGGCCGAAGUUAUCUAUAAUUAAAUAUAAAGUGAUAGUUUUUAAACGAAAGUAGGACUUGUAAUGAAGUAUGUUAUCUUCCUGUGUAUGUUUUUGUAUGGGUUUGUACAGGCCGGUUUUGCAUGCUGGGUAUGCUGUGGUUGUGGAGAAAUGGACCAAAGUGACCCAUAUUUGUUUGUUGGUGAAUACUUAAAUAUAACUUGUACAUUGUACUCAAAAACUGUUGAAAAUGGAGACAACUCAUCACAAUUAUGGUUUACGUAUGGAAAUGACAUUGAUGUUCCAGAAUCAGAAAUAACUAUCCUCAACAGUACUUCAAUAAGAAUGAGUAGACUGAUGACAACAACAUAUGAUACUCCUUAUCAGUGUAUCCUGAGGAAUCCUAACUUUACAGAGAAUGUCUGGAAAAAUGUUGCCAUAGUGGAUGCCACAACAGUACGAACUGAAUAUUUUCCUCAACCUGUUAAAAAUUUCAGUUGUAUUAUUUAUGACUGGGAUAAGAAAAUGGAAUGUAGCUGGGACUUGGGUGUGAACUAUUUUAAUUUGCAUUAUAUCAACACAACAUUGCAAAUUUAUGGGAGUGGAAGCUGUCCUAAUAUGAAUUUACUGAAUUGUACAAUAAAUCAAGGAGAAGGCGUUUCAUUUGAUAGAUCUACUUUGGACUUUAUUGUAAAUGUAACAAACACCGUGCGUGAGGUAUUUAGGGAGACAGGCUGGAUAACUGUUAAACAAGCUACAUCGGUGAAACCAAGUCCAGUUGAUAUGAUCGAGAUUUCAUCCAUUACAAGUAGAUGUGUCUCUUUAAAGUGGGUACACAACAGAAGACAUAGGCAGAAAAUAUUCAUCAUCUAUAUGACAUCAAAGUGGAACGAUAAUAAGAAAAUAGUGUCAAAAGAAUUUAAAACAACAGUUUGUAAUCUGAAGCCAAAUACAAAAUAUCAAAUAUCAAUAGUGACGCGACCAGGAGAGGAUAUUGGAUAUCCUAGUGAACCUGUGAACAACAUCACCACAACAGAGACAGACUUCCCUGACAGACCUCCAGAGGUUUUUGCUGGAAGUUAUGUUUUAUCGGUUGAAGGCUGUAGGAAUGACAAACGUAAUGUGACCUUGUAUUGGAAGGAUUUGCCAGAAACAUACCAAAAUGGUCAGAUGUUAGGAUAUAAAGUAAAGGUAUUUGAUGGGAUAUCAUUUAACUAUGAUUACCAUGUUCACAAACGAACAUCCACAUUGGUGUCUCUACCUUGUAGUAGGGGAGUGAUUGUAUCAGUGUUCUCAUGGAAUGAAGAAGGAAACUCAGUUGAAGGAUCAGAGAUAACUAUACCUGAAGCAAAUAGCCUGUUACCUCCAAGUAGAAUUAUAGUUGAGGCCCAGAAUACGUCUACUGAUACAACUGUAAGUGUAAGCUGGACUCCAACAGAGGAUGAGAGAAUUAAAUACCACACUGUAUACUACUGUCAGUUUAAUACAGAAUGUACAACUGAUAUUGAAUGGAUAACGGUACCAGUAAAUUCCACCUCACUAACAAUUGAACACAUACAGUUCGAUAAGAAAUACAGAUUUGGUGUAUCAUCUGACAUGGAUGUAGGAAGUUCAGGAUUUUCCUGGGAAGAUUGUUACUACUUAAAAAGUAUAGCUCCAUCUCCUCCAACUCAAGUUGAUGUACUGGCAUAUCCUGAAAACGGAAUAACAGUUGAUUGGUCAGAUCCAAAGUGUGGGGAUUCCCCUUACAUUGAGUUUUACAGAGUUACCUGGUGUACUGCAAGCCAUACCAAGCAUUGUGAAGAUGUACAUAAAGAAAAGGAUAUUUCAACAAGUGAACCAUCUAAGCUGGUUUUACCAAAUCUAAAGGCAGGCACUUCUUAUGGUGUCAGAGUUCAGCAUAUAACAGGGGAUGGUAGAAUUAGUGAUUACAGUGAUAUGGUGUAUAUACAGCCUACAAAUAAUAAUUUAGCAACUUCACAAAUUACCUGGAUAGCAGUUGGAGGAACCUUUGUAUUUAUGUUUGCCAUUGCUGGAGUAGUUUUUAUUUAUAGGAGAACAUGUUAUGGUAUUAGGGAAAUGAAACGGCCUUUGGAAAUCAUCACUCCAAAGAUAAAACUAACUGGAGCAAAUAUGACUGAUCCAGCAUCUAAUACGUCAUCAUCAAGCUCAUCCGGGGACCAGAGCUCAAUUUCUAGACUGUUAAAAGAGAACAAGAUUAUACCAUAUUCUUCACAAGUUAGUAAAGACAGCGGAAGAUUCAGUUUGACAUCUGAUGCUCUGCAGUCUCCUGAAAUAGAUGGCAAACCUGAUCUAUUUCCUGUAGCGGAAGAGUGUAGAGAGGACAAGAACAAACACAAUCAUAAGAAAAAUAUCCCACUAGACCCAGAUUAUUCUAAAAUGGCGUUAGAUAGUGGUACAAUACAACAUGAUCACACAUUUAGACAGGAAGCCUUCUCACAGAACAUCAUUGCUGCUCCUGCCAUCCGUGCCUCUUGUCCAAACGUUAAUCAACAAUAUAAUAGAUGUGACCGACAAUCCCAGUCUUCACAGAAGAUAUCCAUUAACACACUUUCAUCGUAUCCAUCUAGUUCAGAUGAAAAAAUGUUAUUUGAUGGAAAGACAGAUGAAGAUGGGUAUAUGGAUGCAAAUGAGAGGAGUAAAUCUGUGGAAGUUUUAUAUUCAAAAGAUAAAAUAAUCGAAGAUGAAAAUGUAGAUAGUUAUAUAAGGACUCGGCAUGUUGUCUCUGAAACAGAUUCCAGUGGUAUAGAAAAAGGUUUGCUUGAUUCUGCAUCUUUAAGUAAUCCUUUUUCAUAUGUUGAUCAACAAGAACUUCAAAGUUCAGGAAAUGAUGGACAACCAAUGACGAAUCCCACAUAUAUUGAUGCAGAGGCUCUCCAGACAACUGACAACAUUGAAGUCCCGGAAGUAGAGUUCCAUGGUUUGACGGGAACUUAUCAUCGUAUGGAUUCUAAAGAGAACGGUAAAGCACAUGAUGUACUAUCACCAUUGAUUGAAGCUAAAGAUGAGAACUCUAACAUAAGUAUGAUAAGCAAUGGUUAUCUAUCCGAAGAUGCCAUGAAUACUCAAGGAAUGUUAUUACCCAGACAGCAUAAUUUUGGAGGCCCAAAAGGGGAAUACCGUCGACUUGAUUCCAUGGAAAACCCAAUGCUACGUGAUGAGCCAAUGAUGAGACCAGAUAGUGCAAGUCAAUAUAAUGAUGCUUAUCUGAAAGACAGUCAAGGAGAGUCAAAUGGUAAUGGCUACCUUAAAGAAGAAGAGAUAAUGAAUCCAGGUGCUUUAAAUUCAAACAGGGUGCCUGGCCAAGAAUUAAACAAUGGUAACUACCUAAGAGACAUAGAUAUGAGAAAUCAGAACAGGGAACCAGUCCAGCAAGAUCCUACAGGAAGUUUAGCAGAAAGUUUGAAUGGUUACAGUUCUGGGGAUUAUUUCAUAGGAAGAGAACUUAAUAAUGAAAAUGGAAAUGAUGACAAUUCAUCGUCCUUUGAGUCAUGUUCAAAUUACACCGAUAGAAAUGAGAACUCAAGUGGUCCCGCAUACAUUACGGAACAAAACUUUCUCAAUAUGGGCCUUGUUGUUGAUGAUCAGAUUAGUUUAGAUUCAGAAAAUAAUCAUUCUGGCCAUAUAUUACCACCAUCAGACAAUUCAUUUAGUGAGUCAAAUAAUUUACUUCAUGAAGAAAGAAAAUUAGACAAUGGAUAUAUUCAACAUAAUGCUAUGAAAAAGUAACAGUAUUAAUUUCAUAUUUUUGUAGAGAAGGAACAAUCAAAUAUAACCCAUAUUUCCACUUAUAGGGUACCAAAGGUCAUUUUUGAGAUGUUGAAAUAAUAAUAUUCACGGGUAAACAUUUAUCUAUUUUUGUAAAGUCCUGUAAAAGUGUAUUUGAUAUUGAAACUUCAUUCCUACAAAUGAGAUAAGAAAGAGAAUUCCAUUCAAAUGUACAUACUUAAAUUUGUAUAUAUUGUUUACUUGAGAUCAGGGGUCAGAUUCUAGAUUAUAUCUAGCAACCACUUUUAGCAUUCUAUCAAGUCCUUUAAAAGUGUAUUUGAACUUUAUACUUGAUAACUAUUCAUUUUGGUUGGUUAGAUUCAUUUUAGAUUCACUAGCAUAAAUAUUACAUUCACCUUAUAGCAAUAAUUGUGGAGUUUUUUACAACUUAUAAGUAUAUUAUUUGAGUCCUUCCAUAUGUGAUUUUCAGUAUUAGUUGUUAAUUAUUUUUGUUAAUAUAUACCAAUACAUUAAAUUUUAAUAGUAAUUCAGAGCAUAUUGUAUGAAAAUAAAUCUUAAGUUGUAAGCUGGAUCAAAUGUUUAAAAUGACUCUGAAUCAACUUCUCAAAAUAGACAUUUGCAAUGCAGGAAAUGAGGAAGAUUUCUCUUUGUUCUUUUGAAGCCAGAAGGUACCAUACAUGAAUGAUAUGAAGAACACUUAUAUUCACAUAUAAUGUGUGAUGUCAUAUCUAUAGGAGACCAUAAAAUGAAAGCUGGAUUUUUUCCUUUUUGAAGAGUACAUUGAUGUGUCAAAAUAUGUACACAUUUUUUUCUCUAUCAUUAUAAAAUACUUUGUAAAUAUUAUUGCUGACUGAAUUCCAUGUAUUAAAUCAAGUGGAAUUUAAAACUGUAAAAAAUUUACUAAACAAAAACAUAUUUUAAAGAAUUACUAGGCAGGGUUUACAAGGUUGUAAAACUUAUUAUAAGUCUCUGACAUUCUAUAUAAGUUUGACCAAGUGUAACCCUUUUCUGAAUUUGUUGAAAAUGUAUAUGUACAAGAUUAUCUACCAUCACACCUAAAAGCAUUGCAGAUACAAUUUUUUUUUUUUACAGAAUCCUGUUUUGGUAGAUUUUACUUCUGAAUGAUACUUCAAAAGGUGCUAUAGAAACAAAAGUUUAUUUAAUCUGAGCUAAAAAUAACCAAACAAAGUGACAGAUAUUUGUCUGACUGUUUGAGUAAAUUAUCAUGUUGGAUCAUCAUAUUAAAAUGGCUUUAAUUGAGCUAUUGCAAUAUGCAAUUAAGUAUUAUAUUUGUUACAUGAAGAGCCUGUCAUAAUGAUGCAUAAUUUUGUUUAAACAUAUGUAUUGGCUUUGGGUUUUUUUGUUUUUCUUUUCAAAUUGUAUAUUUUGUUUUAAAAAAAGGGGUGAUAUUAACAUCUUGUUCAAUGGAUCUGAAGAUAACCUUUACUCUCCUCCAUUAAUUAUCAGUUACCAAUAUGAUUGUGUAAAUAUAAUAUGUGUAAAAGCAAAUGGUUGCAAUCUGUAAUCUUAGUCAUAUGGGAAUUUUUGUCUCACAUUAGACAAAAGGUGUAAUUUUUGUCUCACUUGAGACAAAAGGUGUAGAAUGUAAGACAUCAAGAAUACAAUUAAAUUAUGCUUGGAAUGAUGGUAAGCUGCACAUGCUUUAUUCUUCCUUGACCUCAUUUUAUACUUUCAUUGGUCAUUAUUCAAGUUUUUCUAUCAAAUAUUAAAUCAGUUGGGGUUCUUUAAAUUUGUGAAUAUAAAAGGCCAUCUGAAAUGCUGUACACACUUUCUAUCAAGAGUAUAUGAAGUUUUUUUUAUUUUGUGAACAAUUAUAUGAAACAUAUAUAGUUAACAUUUGGCAGGAUGGUUUUGAAGACGGCAAAUUUGAUGGCAGUUGUAAUGUUUUUUUGUUUGUUUUUGACAUGAAAUUUUAUAUAAAAAAAUGUACAAGUAACAUUGCUGUAUAAUUUGCUAUCAUGAAUUGAUUAUUUUUAUUUUUUGUAUAUAGUUAAAUUAUGUAAACAUUUGUUUGACAAAAGUUAUAUUUUAUUUUAAGUUGAUGUUAAUAUUUGAAUAACUCAUCAAGUUCAUUCAUAUUUGUUAUUGAUUUUCUAGGAAAGCAUAAUUAUAUUAAGUUUGUUGUAUAUAAUACAGAAAUUUUAUAUUGUCUAUUUGUUUUUGACAUGAUACUUUUAGUGCUUUUUUGACCAUAUUAAAUAUGGCUUCAUGAAUAACAAUGAUAUUGCUCAAAAUUAUUAUUCUAUAGUGCCAUAAUAUUUUGAGCAAUAGCUAUAAAAUAGCCAUCUAGCCUUGAAAAUUGAAAACUCAGUUUAUACGAUUCAUGUAACAAGAGUUGAUAUAUUUUGAUGCAUUUUGUACCAUGGCCAAAGUAUUAAGGACAAUCAAAUUAUAAAGUGCAAAAGUCUAUUGACACCAAACACUGUAUCAUAUCAAAUGAAUGCUACACAUGGACCAUGAAUGUUGUCUACAUUUGAACUAUGACAGUUCAGAUCUCUCUGUUGCAUUUAUUUUGACGAUUAAGACAAAUGAAAAAUAUGGUUUAAACCCUACUGCUCUUAUGCACCUGUUUAAAGUUUGGGGCCUCUAUUGUUAGUCUUGUAUGAUUUUUAAUUCUAGUCCAUUCAAUAUGGUUUUGGAGGUAAGUAUGGCGUCAAUUUUCACCGAACAAGUUCACAUUUAUGUUUAGGGGCCAGCUGAAGCCCACCUUCUGGUGCAGGGUUUUCUUGCUGUUAAUACCCUUUGGUGGCCUCUGAUUGUUUUCUGCUCUUUUGUGGGGUUGUUGACUCUUUGACAUAUUUCCCAUUUCCAUUCCUAAUUUAUGAAAAAAAACUAAUACAAAAUUCAGACACCCUUAAUUAACCUAAACACUUAUGUAUUUUUUAAAUCUGUUUUAAACUGGUUUUAGAUUAUAAUUAGACUAAUAUGACCUAAAAGGAAGU